UUUCUAUGGUUACUCCCGUUUUGCUCACGCCUAUAAAUCUCAGAACCAGGAAAUCACAUCUACACUUCUGGGAAAACAAAACUUAAGUGCGGAUUAUUUGUGUUGUGUCUGCGGUAAAAUGGCUGAAUCCAGGUUUUCUCAGGAGCAGUUCAGCUGUCCAGUGUGUUUGGAGCUCUUGAAGAAUCCAGUGGCCAUUCCAUGUGGACACAGUUACUGUAUGAGCUGCAUUACCGACUACUGGCAUCACGAGGAUGAGAAGAGAGUUUAUAGCUGCCCUCAGUGCAGACAGACCUUCAGUCCAAGACCUGCUUUAAAUAAAAACACCAUGCUGGCUGAAGUGGUGGAGCAACUGAAGAAGACAAAACAUCACACUGCUGCUGUUCCUGCUGGAGAUGGAGACGUGGAGUGUGACAGCUGUACUGGAAGAAAACACAAAGCCAUCAAGUCCUGUCUGGUGUGUCUGAACUCUUACUGUCAAAAUCAUCUUGAACAACAUGAGAAUCUCUUCAAAGGUAAAAGACACAACCUAAUAGACGCUACUGGACGGCUUCAGGAGAUGAUCUGCCGUAAACAUGAUAAACUCCUAGAAAUUUACUGCCGUACAGACCAGAGGUGUAUUUGUAUGCUCUGUAUGGUGGAUGAACACAAAGAUCAUGAAACUGUAUCAACUUCAGCAGAGAGGACAGAGAAACAGAAACAAUUAGGAGAGAUACAGAGAAAAUUCCAGCAGCAAAUCCAGAAAAGAGAGAGGAAGCUUCAAGAGCUAAAUGAAGCUGUGAAGAUUCAUGAGCGCUCUGCACAGACAGCAGUGAAGGACAGUGAGAGGGUCUUUUCUGAACUCAUCCGCUCCAUUGAGAGAAAACGCUCUGAGGUCACACAGAUGAUCAGAGAUCAAGAAAAGAUCACAGUCGGUCGAGCUGAAGGACUCUUGAAGCAACUGCAGCAGGAGAUUGAUGAUCUGAGAGGGAAGAACGCUAAGCUGGAGCAGCUUUCACACACACACGAUCACAUCUGUUUCAUCCAGAGUUUCGCAUCUCUCCCUGUUCCUCCUGCAUCUCCUGAUGUCCCCAGCAUUACUGUUAGUUCUUAUGAUGAUGUAGGAAAAUCUGUCUCUCAACUGAGACAGAAACUGGAGGAUUUCUGCAGAGAGGAGACUGAAAACAUAUCUGGUCAAGUGACAUGCAUCCAGAUCAUUCCCACUCCAGAAUAUGAGAGCAGGAAUGACUUCCUACAAUAUUUCUGUCAUUUCUCCCUGGAUCCAAACACAGCUCAUCAAUGUCUCUGUCUGUCUGAGAGGAGCAGAGUAGUGACCUUAUCUAGCAGACAGAAUUAUCCUGAUCAUUUAGACAGAUUUGAUCAGUGUCGUCAGGUGCUGUGCAGAGAGAGUGUUUGUGGACGCUGCUACUGGGAGGUGGAGUGGAGUGGGAAUGUAGAUAUUUCAGUGUCAUAUAAAAGCAUCAGCAGAAAGGGAGAGGGUGACGUUCAGUGUAGAUUUGGAUGUAAUGAUCAGUCCUGGAGUUUGUCUUGCUCCCGCUCCAGUUGUUCAUUCAGACACAAUGACAUAAAGACUGAUCUCGCUGUAGUGCCCGGCAAUAGAAUAGGAGUGUAUGUGGAUCACAGUGCAGGAAUUCUGUCCUUCUACAGUGUUUCUGACACAAUGACCCUCAUCCACAGAGUCCACACCAGAUUCACUCAGCCCCUCUAUCCUGGCUUUAGAUUUUUACAUGUAUUUGUUGGUAUUUUAAAACAAGUUUUAGAUAAUUUUUCAGGUGAAACUGCAAGAGUUAAACUGUGUGACAGAUAGAUGGUCAAAGUGAUUAUUUCUUCAAUACAGUAAUUCGGCUAAUAUAAUAAAUUGUAUUUUAAUUCUUAAUGCAAAACAUUUGAUUGGAUCCGAUACAGAUGAAUGCAUUUGAGAAGUUUGUGAGGUAACUAUUUUCUCAUUUGAUCAUCUUUUCAUUACAGUCUGAUCUGUAUAUUAUUGAUCUUCUGUUAUACAAAAAUGUAUGCAUGUCAUGAGAUUAAUGCCUACGUAAAGCCGUAAUGCCUAUACUGAAGUCAAAAUUGAAACAAUGGACAAAAAACAUUGACAAAAAUGGACAAAAAGACAAAAUAUAUAUAAUAAAACAAGUUUGCUUUGGUAAUGUAAAUGAAAAUUGGAAAAUCUGCUUCCACUCUUGACUGGCGUUCCUUCUACAUCAGGUUGAUUGUGCAGAAAUUAAUAAUGUGUGUAUUUAAAACAGAUACAUUCAGUUGAUUAAAAUGCUGUCUGGACACAGUAGACAUCCUAUUGUUAUUCUGUUGUAUUGUCUCUUUAGUUGUGUGUCUUAAAGUGUGGUAAACUAUAUAAAAUGACAAGCAACAUGCUAUUACAGGAUGUGUGAAUAUGAGGAUAAACCUUAUAAUUCAAACUUUUGCAUGGGGUUUCAUGGUGAUUAGAGAUAUGUGAACAUCAAGCUUCUUUAGCCUUAUCUACUAAUUACUUAUUCAUUUUUUGUUUAUUUUUUCUUAUUGAGGAAUCAGUUAUCCAAUUUGACAAUCCUUUAUAUUGAUAAUUUGUUCAGGUAUGAAUUCAGGUAAUUGGCAUUGUUGAAUGUGCAGUAUAGGUAUACCCAUUCGUCACAGAGGAACAUAAAAUUUGUAGAUUCAUUUAUACUACCUUUAUGCAAUGAUUAACCUAAUAAAAGUCUAAUGUUAUGUAA